AUGACGAAGCCGCGAAUCCUGAUCGCCACUCUCCUUCUCCUCGCACACUCCGCCGCUUCCCACCCCCAAUUCAACGAGGCCCCCGCAUUCCGCAACGGCAAUUCCUGCUCGAGCGACGUGGUCCACAUCGCCAUGACCCUGGACUACUCCACCCCUUACCUCCGCGGCUCCAUCGCCGCCGUCCUCUCCGUCCUCCAGCACUCCACCUGCCCUGAGAACACCGUCUUCCACUUCCUCUCCAUCCCUCUCCACCAUCCCCUCCUCUGCUCCACCCUCUCCGCCGCUUUCCCCUUCCUCCGCUUCCACCUCUACCCCUUCCACCCCUCCACCGUCCUCCCCCUCAUCUCCUCCUUCGUCCGCCAAGCCCUCGACCAGCCCCUCAACUACGCCUGCAUCUACCUCCCCGACCUCCUCUCUCCCUCCCUCCGCCGCAUCAUCUACCUCGACUCCGACCUCAUCGUCGUCGACGACAUUGCCAAUUUAUGGAAUAUCAACCUGUUGGGAAAAGUGGUGAUAAUUAUCACAGAGUAUCAAAAAUAA